AUGCAGAAAAGUUACCAUGAUAAGUGGAGGAAAGAUUUGGAAUUUCAGGCGGGUGAUCAUGUAUUUUUGAGAGUCACGCCAGUGACCGGUGUGGGGAGAACGUUGAAAUCUAAGAAAAUCACUCCUCAUUUUAUUGGUCCGUAUCAGAUUUCGGAAAAAGUUGGAAAUGUGGCGUAUAGGAUGGCAUUACCUCCGAAUCUUUCGAAUUUACAUGAUGUGUUUCAUGUGUCGCAACUCGAGAAGUAUAUUUCUGAUCCGUCCCUUGUGAUUCAUAUGGAUGAUGUGCAAGUACGGGAUAAUUUCAUGGCGGAGACUAUGCCGGUGCGAAUCGAGGAUCAUGAAACGAAGAUGCUUAGAGGCAAGGAGAUUGAUUUGGUGAAAGUAGUCUGGUCGGGAGCUGUUAGAGAGAGUAUGACAUGGGAGUCGGAAAGCAAGAUGCGGGAGUCUUAUCCCGAGCUGUCAGUAGUCAAAGCAUGGGAAGAAAGUGCAAAGUCUAACUCUAAAGCACAGAACAAGGCUCAGAGAAAACUUUCAACCAUUACAGCAUGGGAGAACAACAAGAAAGCUGCACCAGAAGCUGAAUUGAGAAAACUUGAGGAACAACUAGAGGGGAAAAAGGGAGAAUAUGCAGAGAAAAUGAAGAACAAAAUAGCAUUACUUCACAAGAAAGCUGAAGAAAAGAGGGCAGUGAUUGAGGCCACGAAAGGAGAAGAGUUACUCAAAGCAGAAGAGGUGGCUGCAAAAUACAGGGCAACAUGAACAGCUCCAAAGAAACUCUUUGGUUUAUUCUAAUGCUAGAAUCCUCAAGCCUGAUAAAAAAAUUAUGUGUUGUUUUAUUCAUAUAUACUUUCUUCAUGUGUGGUUUGGUGUCUUUUUUAGUCUAUGUUAAUUUAUUCUGUGUGCAUAGUGAUAUAUAUUGGCUUGUAUAUAUCCAUUACUUUGGAAUAAAAAUAAUUUAAUUCUUCUUCAA